GCACGUGAAUGUAGCAUAGUUGGACGCGACGGAGAGGAGAGGAAAGAAAGGGGGCAAGGAAGGGAUCUGUAAUAAAUUCAGACUCGCACUCUUGGCGCCAAUCCGAUUUAAAGAGAACAAAAAAACUGCGGUUUUUUUCAUUGAUGUUUUAACCAAAUUAUUUGCCCAACUGCUGGUUCUCCCACAAACCAUCAGUCGGUGCUCCAGCCAGCUAGCCUCGUUAGCACCCUGUCUAUCAUUGUCAUAUUAAUCUGGCCCCUUCCCUCUGCCUGUAGCGACUCAUAACUCAACAACAGUACAGCACGGGGACAAUAGGUGUGUUUCUCUCUCCGGGGGAUCAAUAAGACACGGCAGCCGCAAAAAUGGGGAGGAAGUCCAACAGAGCAAAGGAAAAGAAGGCCCGGCGUCUGGAAGAGAGGGCAGCCAUGGAUGCCGUCUGUGCCAAGGUGGAAGCAGCCAAUAAGCUUGAUGACCCACUAGCUGCCUUCCCAGCCUUCAAAAAGUACGACAGAAAUGGGCUGAACCUGCAGAUAGAGUGUAAGAGAGUGAACUCCCUCAACCCGCUGUCUGUGGAGUGGGCCUUCGAACUCACCAGAGCCAACAUGCAAACACUGUAUGAGCAGAGCGAGUGGGGGUGGAAGGAGAGGGAAAAGAGGGAGGAGAUGAACGACGAGAGGGCGUGGUACCUACUGGCCCGCGACGGAGACUCCGCCCCUGUGGCCUUCUCUCACUUCCGAUUCGACGUGGAGUGUGGGGAGGAGGUUUUAUAUUGCUAUGAGGUACAGUUAGAGAGCAGAGUGCGGAGGAAAGGACUCGGAAAGUUUCUCAUCCAGAUUCUACAGCUCAUUGCUAACAGUACGCAGAUGAAGAAAGUGAUGUUGACAGUUUUCAAACACAACCACGGGGCUUACCAGUUCUUCAGAGAAGCUUUACAGUUUGAGAUCGAUGAGACUUCGCCAAGCAUGUCCGGUUGCUGCGGCGAUGACUGCUCCUAUGAGAUCCUCAGCCGGCGGACCAAACACGGCGAGACCCCGGCGGGACACACCCACGGGGGCGGGCACUGCGGCGGCUGCUGCCACUAAUCCGCUUCAGUUCCACCUUUUUACGAUUGGUUAAAAGCCAGCAACUGUCACGGCUGUGUGUGAAAGCUUAAGCUGCCUGCUACUCUGCAAGCGUUUUGAGUUUGCCCGGCUGUAGAGUGCCGUUAAAACGACAAACCCGACAAACAGAUAUUGUUGUCGCAUUAUGGAUUGAGAUUUAUGUGGGUUCUUUUUUGUUUUUGUUUGUGUAGUCCUGCUACAAAAGCAGUAAGCAGUGUGAGCUUUCACACAUAGCGCCUGUUUCUUUCUUUUUUCAUUCUCUUAUCCCAGUUGACGAUGAUGAUGAUUAGUAUUUCCCAGUCAAGAAAAAAAGCUACUGCAUUGCUGACAUUCUUGCCCACGACAUUGAACAUCAUCUCAGCGUGCCACACUGUAUUCAAUCAUUCAGCAGCGCUUCUUAAACUCUGGCUCGGGACCUGGCCUACGGCUGUAUUAUAGAAACUUACUACCUCAAGUCAAGGUGUCGCAGUACAUUGUUCUCAAUAAGUCACACCCUCAUUCAAGUUACUAUCGAAUAAGACGGUUUAGUGAGUUUCUGUUAUACAGCCCCGGAUGUCUUUGGGCCCUCGCACUUUCUGGGUCCCAGAAAAAAGUCUGAGAAACCCUGCUGUGCCGUAACACCACCUGUUCUAUCCACACAUGGCUUGGAAGUGGUUUUGUAACAAAUGAAGUGCAGCUAGCAGCAACUCUACAUCGGCCCGUUAUACUGCAGUUACAAGAGUACUCUCCCCUACUAGCAGCUUAUCUUCUUUAUUCUCCUAAAUCAGGCAUCUCCCCUGCGUUUUAUUCUUAUAACUUAUGAGGUGAGAUGUGCCCUUUUUUCUUGAUCUAUGCUUUCUCUUCUCCCCCAGUGAGUACAAAAUCUGCUGCUGUCAAUCUGCGUCCAACCCAGAACAUAAUCCCAGUAUGACUCAUCAGAGUUGCAUGUCAUGACUCUGUCGUCUGCUUCACUGAAGACCAUGAAAUCAUUAGCUCUCGUUUACGCCCUUCUUUCCCACCCUCUUUUCAUUGUUUCCACGCUUACAGAUCCGCCUCGCUGUUGUGUGUGUGUGUGUGUGUGUGUGUGUGUGUGUGUGUGUGUUCCCACAUCUGUACAAACAUCCUCCCAGUCCGUCGCUUUCUGCCGCCCGCGCUCCCUCCGUGCCCUAGAAGUCCCGAACGUUGACCUCAGACCCGUUCCUGUUGCGCUCACCUUCACCCCCCUUUGUACCAUUGCAUCACUCCUGCUUGCCUCUUUGUUCGCUUCGUUUCCAAGAGGUACUAAUGAUAAACAAGUUGAUGUUGACGCUACCUUUUCAACUGUAUUUAAAAAAUACUAAAACCAUCUUCCAUCCCUUCUCUUACAUAGUUUGUUAGCAUGAGCAAAUCAUAUUGAUUUAACAAGGAUGAGGAUCGGUAGAAGUCACCGUUUCAUUAUGGGCCCGUCUGAAGCUGAUGAAUGCUAUUAACUCGGAGGAAGGAACGCAGAUUGGAUGGAUGGAUGGAUGGAUGGAUGUAAGUGAUUGCAGAGCACUGAAAGUGUUUUUUAAUCGUCGUUAUCCCUCUUUUCAUUAGCACCCGUUUGCCGACCCACUGUCAUUAGUUUGUAUGACAAAGUUUCGAAAUGUUACACAGAACGUGUAGUCUAAAUCAUGAUCAACAGCGAACAGUUUGAACAAAUCUCCGAUGAUCCAGUGCAUGUUAGAAAUAUGAGAUAAGGGAGUUGUGUGGAAUCAAAAGUGAAUGCUGACAUUCGGUGUUCCUUCACACGUCUUGAUACAAAGUCCGUACUAUAACGUGUGCUGCACAUGUGCUGCCCAGUCACUUAGAAUAAACUUAGUGCAAAGGUUCUUGUUUUAGUUUGGAUUUUAGAUGCCACUUCACUGUCGAUCAAGAAAGGCGGCGAUCUGGUUUAUUCCAUGUCUGUUUACAAAACCUUCAGCGUCAUUUUGGACAGUUUUGAGUGCUGGUCUGCUGGAUGAGAAGCUCCAUCUAGAAAACCACCAUCUAACCCUUUUAUUCCGGACUGUAGUCAGUUUGUACAGAUUUUCCUUGUGGCUGUAGAUGUAAAAAAAAAGAAAAUCACUUUACUUUUCUGCUGUGGUUGUAAAGGUUCCUCUAUCUAGUGCGGCUGUGAAGGGCUUAAGCAUUGGUACUAUUGUUCUUUUUUCUUUAACGGUCAUAUCAAGGCUCAACUUGAGAUUUAAGUAUGUGAAGCAGGGCAGACUGAAAUGUGAAGUUGACAAACCUAGAUACUGGAAAAUCUCAAAAUGUUAUGCAUCGCCAAAAAACAUUUAGACGACAAAGUCCAGAUCCUGGGGUGAAAGUUUGUGGUUGCUUCUAGACCGGAUGGAGACCAUAACAUAUUCAGCACCUCAAGACCACAUAUUGGUGUCUCAUGCUUGUUUGAUAAUGAACAACAAAAACAUUGAAACAAAAAUAGUGCUUGUUUUAGUUCUAGACUACCUUCUGAUAAGUACAGUAAGUCUUUUUUUUUGUACUGCAUAGGUUACAAUACAAAGGGGAUGUUGUACAUAGUGGUAGUAUAUCAACCGACUGACAGUCUCUCUCUCAGGUUAAUCAAACGUAAUCAGACCUCAUCUGUUUUAUUUAACAGCCAUGUUAGCUGGAUUGGAUUGACCCCAGCUCUGACCUAGAGUCUGUUUGUGUGUGUGUCAUGCUGUAGUAUUUUUACGAUGUGUUGCAGUCAAAGAAAAUGCUCCUCUGCCUUGGAAAUGUGAAAUUGCAUGAAAGUCAAUAUGACACAACGUUUGAACUGACUCUAGAUCAGUGCUCAGUUGUUACAUUAAAUCCAGAUAGGUGGGCUGUCUUUUAAAAAAAGAAAAAAAGAGGCUCACUGAAAGUUAAAAAUCAGUUUGUGAAAAUAUCUUAAGUUUAAAAAUGAGCCUAAACUCAACCAGUUUAUUUUAAGUCAGUGAGUACUUUUAUUUUGGAAAAUGGUUACAUACACUCACAAAAUCACUGGUCCUUCUCUUGGUCUUUUCUCUGUGUGUGUGUGUGUGUGUGUGUGUGUGCGUGUGUGUGUGUGUGUGUGAGAGUGAGUGUGAGUGAGUGUGUAUAUAAGCUGUUGUGGAUCCAUCUUCAUUUUCAUUUCUUGGCCUUUUACAGGUAAAACACUUUUUAAACAUGUUCAAAGUAAAACUCCAUGUUUGAGAGUGAGUGUUACAGUCCUGUCCAUAAACGACAAUGAAAGGGAAAACUAAGUCAUUCUGCCUUGUCAGUGUUUUAUUUGUAUGUUACAAAUAAAGGAAAGUUGUUUGACUUUUCAA